AUGACAGAAGACACAUCAAGAAGAGCCAAGCUACUUGGGUUCGCCAGAGCAACUAGGGAUACGUAUAUACCGAAAAUUGCUGGAACAGUGGCAGGCUCGGUCACUAGCUUGAUGGGGGAGCAAACCACAGAUCAACAUACAAGAGAAGGAGUACGGGCAGCGGCGGUUAUCCCGGAGGACGCAUAUAUAUCGUUAUACCCAACGUAUACAAGGAAAAUACACAAUAAGGACUCCAUAUAUCUGUACCACGUUGACGUCAAUGGGUGGUUAUCCUGCCCUGGUUUAAUGACUAGAAAGAACAGACUCAUACUUUCAUUGGCGAGACAGUUAACCAGAGGUUCUUCUUCAGCCGCAGCCUCAACAUCCCAAAAGAUAGACCAGGAGGCUGCUAUGGUUGAGCUUAAACAUCAAAAGCAAGAUAUCUACGAUGAUUCAGACAGCGAAUCCAUAGUUUCCAAUUCGUCAUCAACAAACAGCGCUGUAGCGUCGUCAGGUGGUGAUACAUUAAAGGAGAGACUUGCGGGCUUUAUAGCAAGAAGCAUCCCCAAUGUGGAAUUGGAAAUCACGAUUGAGUCGGAUAAUAUUGAUGAGUUAUCUACCCACAAGAUUACGACUGACUUGAACGGGAAUUUUAAUGUUUGCGUCGAAUGUAACUAUAAACCUUCCACCCUCAAAAUAUCGGCUGUUAAAGAUGAAAGCAUAUGUGCAUACCUGGAGGUCAUGCUCAUCGAAGACGUAGGAGUUGGUAUUAUAAGUGACAUUGACGAUACAGUUAAGCUUACAGGAGUGAUUGGAGACAAAAGAGAAUUGAUGAGAUCCUUAUUAUUAGGAGAUGUUUCUCAAUGGUAUAUUCAGACGGUGGUUAAGUGGUAUGAGCAGAUUUAUAAUAACAAAGACUUUGUCAAUAAAGUGUCUUUCCACUAUAUUUCAAAUUCACCUUGGCAAUUGUUUCCGUUAAUACAAAAAUACUUCCACUUUGCAGACUUACCACCUGGCUCUGUGCAUUUGAAACAAUAUACUGGGAACAUAAUUGCCUCUUUAAUGGAGCCAGCUUCACUGAAGAAAAAGCAUUCUUUAUACAAAGUCAUCGGCGAUUUCCCUGGUAAGAAAUUCGUUUGUGUAGGAGAUUCAGGUGAGUAUGAUAUUGAAGCUUAUACCGAUGCGGCUUUUAAAUUUCCCUCUCAUAUACUAGCUAUUUACAUCAGAGUAGUUCCUGGUUCGUUGUCGGACAGAGAUGAACUGAAGAUUUUAAAGCAAAUCAGGAAGAUAUUAGCAAGAAAAUAUGCUGAAGAGCAACUGAUCCAAGAAACAAUUCCCAUCGCCAAUUCCACUUCUCCUAUCUCAACGACGUCUUCCUUCUCAUCCACGGACAACUUAAUUGAUCUUGACUCCAGACCUGGCCCAAUGGUCCCUAAGAAGCCAGACAGUUUAAAAGGCAAGCCUGUUGGAAGGAAACCUCCGCUUCCUGACAGGAAUCCAGCCUCUGCAGUAGUGCAAAGAAGCGACACUAUGUCUCCUCCUGUUCCACCUCUUACACCGCCAAGAAGAGAGAACACUUCGAGUAGCGUUUCAUCUUCUUCCCCCUCGCCAUAUGAUCACCCGAAUUUAGACUUAAUUGUCGAUGCCUUACAAGAAGUUUAUCCACACGCAGAAACCAUGUACGAAUUGGAAGAAAUAGAUAAGAGGGGGACUUUAUGGAUAACAAGGGUAAUACAGGCGCUGGAACAGCUAGUUGGAACCAAUACUGAAAUACGAUUCUUUACAGAUAAGGAUACCGAUUUGGUACCACAUACGGCUGAACUUAUCAGAAAGGUGCUCAAUUCAUAG